AUGAUGUUUCAAAAAUACAUCAUUCUGAUAUGUAUUCAAGUAUUCGUAGUUCAGAUAGUACUGUCACCAGUAUCCUACGGCAAAACUGCGCCCUCUAACGGCACAGAGAAUGAGGACGUGCCCAGAAAUAUCAGCAGCGAUCCAGGAAGAAAAAGUACAGUGGGGAAAGCACUUGCAGAUCUCAUCAAAGCUAUCUUCAGACUGAUAAGGGUUGAGAUUAAGUCAACCGAAGAUCUUAUACCUGACUUUGAAGAUGACCCGAACCGUGACCCCAUGUCACUACCUCUAAUAACGAUUGAGAACGUGAACGGGACACUUGUAGCCACCUCCAGGGACGUCAACAUAUACGACGCCAUAAGAGAUCAACAACGACGUCAAAAUAACAGCCACGAGGUGCACUAUGUUUCCGGUCAGCAAGAUGGCGGCAUAUCUGUUGAGGGGGCUGGUCUCAGCAAGGAAGGAAUGGAUUCAGGCGAGAAUGAGCUCUGA